AUGGGACAGAAUGUGCUGAGGCAGCCACUGGGAGUGAUGGGCCAGAUGAGGUGCGGACAGGGGAACAACAGCAGCAGCACCUGGACUCCUCUCUACAUCUGUGAUAAUAUUCUACAGGCCAAAAGCAUCAUGUCGAUGGAACAGAUUUUCAAAGGUGCGGGGCAGAAGGACGGCCUGCAGGUGUGGAGGAUCGAGAAGGGGAGUUUGAACCCUGUCCCCAAAGAGCAGCAUGGGAACUUCUUCAGUGGAGAUUCCUACAUAGUGCUCCACACCGCUGGCAAGGCCCACAAUGUCCACUCCUGGGCAGGCAGUGAGUCUUCCCAGGACGAGUUUGGUUCGGCGGCCAUCUUAAUGACGCAGCUGGAUGACUUUCUUGGAGGAACCCCUUGUCAGUACACAGAGUUUCAGGGUGAAGAAUCUGUAACAUUUCAGAGCUACUUCAAACCUGCCAUCAAGUACAAGCAAGGAGGCGUGGCUUCAGGCUUCAACCACGUUGUGACCAAUGAUGUCGAUGUGCAGCGUUUGAUGCACGUGAAAGGCCGGCGUUUUAUCCGAGCCACGGAAGUCCCUAUGUCCUGGAAUUCCUUCAACUCUGGAGACUGCUUCAUCAUUGACCUGGGGAAGAACAUUUACCACUGGUCCGGAACCAACUGUAACCGUUUUGAGGCACUGAAGACAACACAUUUGGCCCUUGACAUCCGCGACAACGAGCGCUGUGGCCGAGGCGAGAUGCACAGGAUCAACGAGGGAAGCGAACCGGAAGAAGUUAUCUCAAUUCUUGGGCCUAAACCGGACCUCCCUGCUGGAUGCCCUGAAUCAGACGCCAGCGUGUCAAGGAAGUCCAAGUGUGUGGCCACUCUCUACAAGAUCUCGGAUGCUGCCGGGUCCAUGGAGACGACUCUCGUGGCUCAAAAGAACCCAUUCCAACAAGCCAUGCUUAGUCAAUCUGAUUGCUACAUCCUGGACAAUGGAGGCGACCGCAAGAUCUUUGUCUGGAAAGGAAAAGAUGCUAAUCCUGAAGAGCGAAGGGCAGCUCGGGCCAUUGCAGACAACUUCAUCAAAGAACACAAUUACCCAUCUCACACACAGAUCCAGAUCAUUGCAGCUGGAGGAGAGAGCACUCUGUUCAAGGAUUUCUUCUUUAACUGGCUGGACAAAGAUGAGACCACAGGCCCCAGUCAGGUCCACACUUCAAAAGGAAUCGCCAAAGUGAAAAAAGUUCCUUUCAACGCCUCCAAGCUUCACGAAAACAAAGCUAUGGCCGCCCAGCACGCUAUGAUUGAUGAUGGCUCAGGCGAUGUAAAGAUCUGGCGUGUGGAGGACAAUGGUCAAGUUCCAGUGGACCCAUCAACAUAUGGUCAGUUUUAUGGAGGAGACUGCUACCUGGUGAAGUACAGCUACAAGUGUGGAUCACAAACCAGGCACAUCAUCUACUACUGGCAGGGAAACAAGUGCUCCAAGAAUGAGCUGGGAGCAUCUGCAGUUCUUGCUGUUGAAAUGGAUAAAUGUAUGGGAGGAGUUGCUAAUCUGGUGCGUGUGUGUCAGGGGGAGGAGCCUGCUCACCUGGUCAGCCUGUUCAAAGAUAAGCCCUUGGUGGUUUUCUUGGGUGGGACGUCCCGCGGAGGACAGACCGCUGCAGGGAAAACCCGACUCUUCCACAUCCGCAAGAGCUCCACCAAUGCAACCAGAGCUGUAGAGGUUCAGCCCACUGCCUCCUCCCUCAACACCAAUGAUGUGUUUGUGUUGAAAACCCCAAACAAUAUCUAUCAGUGGAAAGGAGUGGGAGCAGCAAAGGUUGAGAUGGAGGCAGCCAAGUACACGGCCAGUUUGCUGGGGGGCAAUGUCACUGAGGUCGCAGAGAAGAGCGAGCCAGAUGCUUUCUGGGCUGCACUGGGAGGAAAGGGAGACUACCAAACCUCUCAGAGUCUCCAGCAGUCCUGCCGGUCCCCGCGUUUGUUCACCUGCUCUAACGCCACCGGAAAUUUGAUUGUGGAGGAAGUACCUGGAGAAUUGACACAGUUGGACUUGGAGACGGAUGACAUCAUGAUCCUGGAUGUGGGGGACAUGAUUUAUAUUUGGAUUGGAGAAACGGCUAAUGAGGAUGAAAAGAACGGUGUGCAGGAGAUUGCACAACAGUACAUUGCCAGUGAUCCAUCUGGACGGCAUAGGAUCCCCAUAGUGACCAUGAACCAGGGGAAUGAGCUGUCCUGCUUCACGGGAUGGUUCCAGGCCUGGGACUCCAAAUUCUGGGACAAAGACCCUUGGCUAAUUUUCCAGUAA